AUGACUAGUAUUGAAAGUCCGGCAGUUACACGGUUUAGACAGUAUUUACGUAUUAAAACUGUUCAACCGAAUCCAGAUUAUGAAGCGUGUACAAAAUUUUUAUUAGAACAAGCAAAAGAAAUUGGUUUAAAGUCACAAGUCUUUGAGUAUGUUAAAGGAAAACCUAUAGUUUUAUUGACAUGGGAAGGUCGUGACCCUACUUUACCCUCUAUACUUUUAAAUUCUCACACCGACGUUGUUCCUGUUUUUGAGGAAAAAUGGAGUUGCGACCCAUUUGAAGCCUGUAAACUUGAAAAUGGCGAUAUAAUUGCGAGAGGUGCCCAAGAUAUGAAAUGUGUUGGAGCAAGUUAUCUUGAAGUCAUUCGAUGUCUUCAAGAUCAAGAUAAGCAGCCAUGUCGUACAAUCCACCUUUCUUAUGUUCCCGAAAUCGGUGGAGAGGACGGUAUGGGUCAUUUUGUUGAAUCAGAAGAUUUUAAAAAAUUGAAUAUCGGUUUUGCUUUGGAUGAAGGGAUUUCAAAUCCAAAUGAUGCCUUGAAGGUAUUUUAUGGUGAAAGAGUUCCUUGGUGGAUUAAUAUUACCACCAAAGGUAACACCGGACAUGGCUCUCAAUUAAUUCAAAAUACUGCCGUUGUAAAAUUGAAUCGUAUCAUCAACAAAUUCAUGGAACUCCGCGAUUCUCAAGAACGUCAAUUAUUGAUUGGUAGGCAUCCUGGUGGAAAAAAAUACAAUCUUGGAGACGUAACAAGCACAGGAGUUCAGUAUAAUGUUAUUCCACAAGAAGCAACGGCUGGUUUUGACAUUAGAAUAUCUCCAAAUGUAGAUUUAAUACAAUUUAAAAAUCUAAUAGAAGGAUAUGUGUAUUCAGAAUCAGAUUCUACAAUAGAAUAUGUUCAAUAUUUUGAUGAUAACGGUUACACUCCAUUGAAUGAAAAUAAUAUCUGGUGGAUUGUAUUACGUGACUUUUGUAAAGGCCGAAAUAUUUCUAUUGAACCAGAAAUAUUUCCUGCUGCAACUGAUUCGAGAUAUCUUCGUAAAUUGGGAAUUCCUGCAUUAGGAAUAUCUUAUUUAAAAAAUACUCCAAUUUUGUUACAUGAUCAUGACGAACGUAUAAAUGAAAAUCUGUUUCUUGAAGGCAUCGAAUUCUACACAGAUUUAAUCUUUCAUUUAGCAAAUAUCCAGGAUGCUUAA